CUACAAAAAAAAAUGUCUGCUGCAUCGGGUUUUGUUGCUGUCCCUCGCUGUCCGGUGAUCUUUGAUGGUACUAACUACACCGAGUUCACUGGCUUCAUGCGCAUUCACAUGCGUGGCAUUCGUCUUUGGGGUGUUCUUUCUGGCGAGGUCUGCUGUCCGCCACGUCCAGUUCCUCCGGUGGCCCCUACUCCGCCAACUCCAUCGGUUCUUCCUACGGAUGCUAAUCAGGCCGCCAAGGAUGCGGCUAAGGUUGCUGAUGAGGCUGCUGAUCGUGCUUAUGAUGAGAGGGUUUUGGCUUAUGAGGAGGCUCUUCAGUUGUAUCAUGGUGCUCUGUCUGCUUACACCCAGUGGCUUGAUGAUGAUGCUCGUGCUGCAGCUGUUCUCACUGCUAGUGUUCUGCCUCAGUUUGCUUCUGAAUUUCUGGGUCUUUCUACUGUCUUUGAGAUGUGGAUCCGUCUUCGUGAGCGCUAUCAGCCCUCUGGUGAUGCCCUAUACCUCUCUGUGAUCCGUCAGGAGCAUGCUCUUCAGCAGGGUGACUCUACUGUUGAUGACUUCUAUGCACAGAGUUCUGCUAUCUGGCGUCAGCUUGAUUCUCUCCGUAGUGCUGGGUGUCGUACCUGCCCCUGUUGCCAGGCUGUCCAGGCCAAUUUGGAGUUUCAUCGCGUCUAUGAGUUCUUGUCUCGGCUCCGUAAGGAGUUUGAGCCCCGGCGUGCUCAGUUGUUUGCUCGUGGCCGUAUUUCUCUCAUGGAGGCGCUUUCUGAGAUUCGUGUAGAGGAGACUCGCUUACGUGGUGCUGGUUUGCUGGAGGUUCCCUCUGUGCUUGCUACUCGUGCUCCAUCGACCACUUCUCGCUCUAGUGCUCCGCCGCUCUUGCCCACUCCUUCUGGAGGCUCAGGUCGCCCCCGUCCACACUGCGCCUAUUGCAACAAUGAUGGUCAUCUUGAGUCUCAGUGCUACACGAAGAAGAAACACCUGCGCAAGGCUCAAUCAUCAUCUUCAGGGACUUCGUCGUCUACCUCGACAGCUUCAGCCAUUGCUUUGACUGAGCAGGAUAUUCUGAGACUUAAGCGUCUGCUCGCGGCUUCAGGUUCUUCCUCGACGGGUACUGCCGGUUCUGUGACUGAUGCUUCCCGCACUGAGCAAUCACCCUCUACACAGUCAGGACCGUCACACGCACACUCUGGUUGGGGCUGGCCCUCGCCGCCGUGAUUCUCAGGGUCUUUGGGAGUUGGACUGGCUUCAUGUUCCUUCUGCUGCCACCACCAU